AUGGCUUUGGAAGAAGAGAAAAGAGGCGGAUACACCGCUGGCAGCGUCAGCUCAUCAUCGAACACAGAUUUGGAACAAGUGCCGCCGCCAAGACUUCCGGAAGAGAAGGAUACAAUCCCCGAGGCAGAUGAGACCAUGACAUUGGACAGCAAGAGGGAGGGCCUGAUGGUGAAUCCGUUCGAGAAUGACGCCAAUGGCGAGACCGAGUACAGGACAUUAACAUGGCUCAACGCCGGCUUCCUCCUUGUUGCUGAAACCAUCUCGUUGGGUAUCCUCUCUCUUCCUGCUGUCGUGGCCAGCAUGGGUUUCGUCCCUGGCUGUAUCCUCAUUGUCUUCUUCGGUAUCCUUACGACGUACACCGGAUAUGUCACCUACCAAGUCAAAAUUUCAUUCCCUGGUAUUCACAACUUCGCCGACGCUGGUCUCUUCUUCUUUGGAAGAUGGGCCAAGGAGGUUUCGNAGGCCGCCCAGAUCAUUCUCCUGGUCUUCAUCAUGUCCGCUCACAUCUUGACCUUCUCCAUCAUGAUGAACGUCCUCACCAACCACGGAACCUGCACCAUUGUCUUCACCGUUGUUGGUAUGGUCAUCUCCAUGAUUCUUUGCAUUCCCAGAACCAUGAAGAACGUUGCUCUUAUGUCAGUUGCUUCUUGCUUGUCCAUUGCGACUGCCAUCUUCAUCGCUAUGAUUGGCAUAGGAGUUGAUUCUCCUGCUGGCGCCCACGCUUACGCCGUCACCCCUUCGAGCCAGACUGGAUUCCGUACCGGCGUUGUAGCUGUCGCCAACAUCCUUGUCUCCUUCUGCUCCAACAUUGCCUACUUCGGUUUCAUCUCUGAAAUGAAGAAACCCAGAGAUUUCCCCAAGGCUUUGGCCAUGCUGCAGAUUUGCACAUGUUCUCUUUACCUCAUCGUCGCUGUUGUCAUCUACCGCUUUGCUGGUACUGAUGUCAAGUCCNCCGCCAUCGGCUCUGCUAGCCCCAUCGUCCGCAAGGUCGCCUACGGAAUUGCCAUUCCCACAAUCGUCGUUGCUGGUGUCAUUUACGCUCACGUUGCUACAAAGAACCUCUACGUUCGCAUCUGGCGCAAGACCAAUGUCAUGAACGAGAAGAGUUUCCGCUCGCUCGGCAGUUGGUACGGACUCACCAUUAUACUCUGGGUCGUUGCCUGGGUCAUCGCCAACGCCAUCCCCGUCUUCAGUCAGCUUCUCGGUCUCCUUGGCUCUCUUUUCUGCACUUGGUUCUCCAUGAUCUUGCCUGCUGCCUGGUGGAUCAUGAUGAACAAGCGACAGCUCACCUCGAACUGGAAGAAGAUUUCUCUCACCAUUGUCAAUAUCGCCAUUGCUCUCAUCGGCCUCGCUCUUUGCGGCUUGGGUGUCUGGGGCAGUGCUGUGGACAUUUCCGAGAACUCGGGCAGUGCCAGCGCCUUCUCUUGCGGUGACAACUCAUAG